AAGAAAUAUUAUAAACAGAGGUUGCACAUGGAGAUUAAGAAGAAGACCCGAAUCUUCUGCAGGCUCUACCUUUUCAUCUUUUUCAGCUUCAAUGCUCCAAUAAUAUUGCUUGCUCAACUCGAUAAAUCUCACAUGGAGAUUGAUGUUGGAUUGAUCGUUGAUAUGGGUUCAUGGGAGGGGAGGAUGAUGCAAAGCUCUAUUUCCAUGGCAAUUUCAGAUUUUUACAGUGUAUAUGGUUACUACAAAACAAGAAUUGUUCUUCGCACAAGUGAUUCCAAAGGACAACAUCUACUUGCUAUAUCUUCCGGUGAGCUUUUAUACUCGCUUGCCGUCUCAUCAGCUUAUAAUCAAAUCAAUGAAGAGCUGAACAAACUCAUGGCAUUCGGACCAACAGUUUUUAUUGUGCAUAUGUCACCUAUUCUCGCAUCUCGUUUAUUCAUGAGUGCAAGGAAAUUAGGAAUGAUGAAAAAAGGUUAUGCUUGGAUCCUGACUGUAAAUAGUAUGAAUAUGAAUCACUUGCAUUCCACAAGAUCGUUUGAGGUUAUGGACUCAAUGCAAGGAGUGAUCGGUCUCAAAUCCUAUGUUCCACCUUCAAAGGAGCUACACAAUUUUACUGCAAGAUGGAGAAAAAAAUUUCUUCUUGAAACAGAUAUGGAAGUAAUGGAGUUAACCCCAUUUUGUAUAUUUGCCUAUGAUGUUGCUUGGGGUCUGGCAAAAGCAGUUGAAAGGACAAGGACUAAAGGAAUACUCCUUACAGAAAUACUUUUGUGUAGUAAAUUCAAAGGUUUAAGUGGCGAUUUUCAAUUUAUUAAUGGGAAACUAGUCGUAAAUGCAUUUGAGAUAGUGAAUAUCAUAGGAAAAGGGGAACGAAGAGUUGGGUUUUGUACUCCUGAAGGAAAAAUUGCUGGAGAAGUAUAUUUAUCCAUUCAUGGAAGAGAAUUAUCAUUGAGUAAUACUUCUGGUGGACUUGAAGAUAUUAUAUGGCCUGGAGGAUCUGCUACAAUUCCAAAAGGUUCAAUCACAAAAAUGAGCAUCAGAAAGCUUAGAAUUGCUGUUCCACGGAGUGUUGGAUUCCCUGAAUUGGUGAACGUAGAUCGUAACCUUCAAUCUAAUGUAACAUCAGCAACAGGAUUCUGCAUAGAUGUAUUCAAGGCUGCUAUUGAAGGGGCAGAGCUUGAGCUUGAGCUUGAAGUAGAUUAUGAGUUUAUACCAUUUCUGAAUGCAACUGGGGAGAAUAUUGGGUCUUAUGGUGAACUUAUUGACGAGGUCUAUCUUCAGAAAUAUGAUGGUGCUGUUGGAGAUAUAACAAUGACGGCAAACAGAAGUUUAUAUGUUGAUUUUACAAUACCUUAUACUGAUUUGGGAAUGGGAACUAUCGCCCCAAAAAACAACAAAAACAUGUGGAUUUUCUUGAAGCCGCUAACGGGUGAUCUUUGGUUAUCAAGUGCUGGCUUUUUUAUCUUAACCGGCAUUGUCAUUUGGCUAAUUGAACGUCCUAUUAACAAUGAAUUCCAAGGUCCAACAUCUCACCAAAUUGGAAUGAUUUUCUGGUUCUCCUUUUCAACCCUAGCUUUUGCUCACAAGGAGAAGCUGUUAAGUAAUUUUUCAAGAUUUGUGGUGAUCGUGUGGGUGUUCGUCGUGCUUAUAUUGACUUCUAGUUAUACUGCAACUUUGACUUCAAUGAUUACAGUUCAACAGAUUCAACUGAACUUAAAGGAGAAUUAUAUAGGAUACCAAACCAAUAAUUCCAUCGUCAAGGGAGUCACUAGUAACCUGAAUUUCAAGAAUUCUAAUAUUCGACCAUUCUGUUCUCCUGAAGAGUAUGCUAAUGCUUUAUCAAGAGGAAGUAAGAAGGGCGGUGUCUCUGCUAUCAUUGAUGAGAUACCAUACAUCAAAAUCUUCCUUGCAAAGUAUUCUGCAGAUUAUGCCAUGAUUGGAUCCACUUCUACCACAAAUGGCUUUGCUUUUGCUUUUCGUAAAGGUUCUCCGUUGGUUCCUUACAUGUCUAGGGCAAUUGCCAAACUAAGAGAAAAUGGAAAGCUUAUGAAGUUGGAGCACGAAUGGUUUAAGAGACACUCAACCUUCGCAUCUGAGGACGAUGACCCUUCAAGUGUUGUGAAGCCUCUUACCCUUGAUAGCUUUCGUGGUUUAUUCCUUAUCAGUGGAGUCUCUUCAGCUUUAGCUCUAGCGGUGCUCUAUAGUUUUAAGCUUUACAAAAACUGGCACUUUGUGGAGAACUUUGACCUCAGAGACAUUAUGUGGGGACGAAUAAAGUUUGUAAUAGAGUACCUCUCUAUAAACAACUAGAAAAUC